AUGAGCCUCCAACAGCUCCUUUAUUCCAUAUGGAUAGUCUUACAGAUGCAGAGAGAGAUCUUUGGCGCUACAGAUUGUCCAGAAUUCACCCGACUAGGCUGCUUUAGAGACUCGAUGAAUCCUCGUCCCCUGCCGACAAUACUUAUGACCGACCGCGACCCUAGCAUGAAGGAGUACAGCGGUGUUAGUAUUGACUGGGCAGAGUGGAACGACUACAUGACUGACCUAGCCUGCAGAUGUGCUAAAAAGACAAAGGAGUCGAGAUUUAAGGUCUUUGGACUACAAUUUUAUGGUGAGUGUUGGUCGGGCGUUAACGCUGAAAAUACUUAUAGACAAGACGGACCCAGUCAAGAAUGCUUAACGAUUGACUUCCUCAAAUGUGGACCACAAGACAAGUACUGUGUCGGAGAACAAAAUACUAACUUUGUGUACAUGUUAAAGGCUUCAAGCCCAACGUCACAGCCGACUAACCAGCCAAGGACGAAACCGACGACCAUUCCGACGACCACGCCUACGACGAGGCCGGAAGAUUUGCGGUGCAUCGUUUAUAAUUUGACACUGGAGUUGACAAACACUGCAUAUGAUGAUAGUUUAAGUACUUCACAUGCCGCCGAGUUCAUUGCACUUAGCGCAGAUUUUGAAGUGGGAAUUUUGCAAGUGUACGAAGGAUAUACCUUCUUCGCUGGUGUCACAACUCUUCGAUAUAGCCCAGCACCAGAUGGUAUGACUAUCGUGCAUUUUGUCCUUGAGUUCAACACCCUUGACGCUCAUCUUUCAAUCCUGACAAAAGCCCUAACCUUCGGGACCCUGGGGAAGUUUGUUUCACUUUCUGUUGCCACGAAACUGAGUCAGAUUGCAUGCUACGAGGCACCAGCUCCAUCAAUCUGUCCAAUUCCGUGCCCAUCACUGUGCGCUCCUUCCUGCUACACCAGCUGCUGUCAGAAGUACCAAUACCCUUAA